UCCCCUCUUGUCGUCUGUUGUUCAUUCUUAUUAGGAAGAGAAGGAGCUGUCUAACAGCUGAGCGGAGGGUUGCUGUUGGGCUCAGUCAGGAUAGAGGGAUGCUCUCUUGGCUUAAGUUGCCAAGGUGAAAAUAAACUUUUUCCGUCUCCUCCCCAGCUGUAAGAAGCCGUUUACUCCGCAAGUUUUGUUUUCCACCUUUUAUUUUCACCCCGUAGUCGAUUUCUCCCUGCUGCCAGCUCUAGAGCCUCUAACAUUUGUGAUUGUUCCUCCGCCGCUGGGUCCCGAUCGACCACAAAAAAGGAGGAUGGAGACGAGUCCCAUCCCGGUGGUGACGGUCCAAACUGCACCCUUUGAGGACCAGCGGCCCGGUACCAACGGGCUGCGGAGGAAGACUUCUGUGUUCGAGGGGAAGAAAAACUAUCUGCAGAACUACAUCCAGAGCCUCCUGUCCUCCAUCGACCUGCGGGACCGACAGGGCUGCACCAUGGUGGUGGGCAGCGACGGUCGCUACUUCAGCCGCGCUGCCAUUGAGGUGAUUGUGCAGAUGGCAGCUGCCAACGGGAUUGGUCGUCUGGUGAUUGGUCUCAAUGGCCUUCUUUCCACUCCCGCUGUGUCCUGCAUCAUCAGGAAGAUCAAGGCUAUUGGUGGGAUUAUCCUCACAGCGAGCCACAACCCCGGAGGCCCCGGUGGAGACUUUGGAAUCAAGUUCAAUGUGGCUAAUGGAGGCCCAUCUACUGAUACGGUGAUGGAGAGGAUCUCCCAGGUCAGCCGGACUCUUGAGGAGUAUGCCAUCUGCCCUGAUCUGCGCAUUGAUCUUUCUAGGCUGGGAAGACAAGACUUUGACCUUGAGAACAAGUUCAAACCUUUUAGAGUGGAGAUUGUAGACUCAGUCGAAGUCUACCUACAACUGCUGCGAAACAUCUUUGACUUCUCUGCCAUUAAAGGUCUCCUCACAGGACCAGAUCAGCUGAAGAUACACAUAGAUGCAAUGAAUGGAGUGAUGGGCCCCUAUGUAAGAAGGAUCCUGUGUGAUGAGUUGGGGGCUCCGGUAAACUCUGCCGUCAACUGCGUCCCUCUGGAGGACUUUGGUGGUCGACCACCGGAGCCCAACCUGACCUACGCCACCUCUCUGGUGGACGCCAUGAAAGGGGGCGAGUUUGGCUUUGGAGCUGCAUUUGAUGCAGAUGGGGACCGGUACAUGAUCCUUGGCGAAAACGGCUUCUUUGUGAAUCCUUCGGACUCGAUUGCUAUCAUAGCUGCAAACCUCUCCACCAUCCCUUACUUCAGACAACAUGGCGCCAGAGGCUUUGCUAGGAGUAUGGCCACCAGUGCAGCCCUUGACAGGGUAGCCAAAGCCAUGAAGCUGGCUCUUUAUGAGACUCCCACAGGCUGGAGGUACUUCGGGAACCUGAUGGAUUCUGGGCGCUGUUCCCUAUGUGGGGAGGAGAGCUUUGGAACUGGUUCUGACCACAUUCGCGAGAAAGAUGGCCUGUGGUCGGUGCUGGCAUGGUUGUCCAUUAUGGCCGCCAGGAAACAACGUGUGGAGGAGAUUGUUAGGGAGCACUGGGCCAGGUUUGGCCGCAACUACUUCUGCAGGUUUGACUAUGAAGGCUUGGACCCACGUGCUGCCUUCUACCUAAUGAGGGAUCUGGAGACAGUAAUCUCAGACAAGGCUUUCAGCACUCAAAAGUUUGCUGUGGGAGACAAUGUCUACAGCGUGGAGCGGGCUGAGAACUUUGAGUACAUUGAUCCUGUGGAUGGGACAGUUGCUCGGAACCAGGGUUUAAGGAUCAUGUUCACCGACUCCUCCCGUCUUGUGUUUCGGAUGAGUGGGAGCGGUGGAGGAACAGGCACCACCAUACGCAUUUAUGCUGAGAGCUUUGAGAGAGAUCCUGAGAGACACAGCAGAGAGACUCAGGUGGUGCUGGGUCCUCUCAUCGCGAUCGCCCUGAAGAUCUCGAACAUUCACGAGAGGACAGGACGGCGUGGUCCGAACGUCAUCACAUGAGCUAAAAGGAAAAAAAUGGAGAUCCACACUCACACACACAUUAUAUGCAUCUAUCUGCUCACACUGAUACAUUUUACGUAUGUACUUGUCUGCCAUCUCUGCAGCUUCAGCCUGGUUCUUCACUAAUGAUUAAGCUGAGAUAUUUUUUCAGCGGAAAUUUGUCUCCCAUAGACAAAAAUGUUGUCACAGCCACACACCUUUGUUUGUUAUUGUCCACUAUAAUAAGUCAGUUAUUAAUAAAUCUGAAGCAAAAUUAAAUAAUGCAAUGCAUAAAUAAUGGGAAUUAUGUAAACAAUAAACCCAAACAUGAAGACAGAA